AUGUCGACAAUCAUUGCGUGCCUGUUGACGGUGUUCACCAUCUUCACCACUAUCUCGUCGGCCCGCAAGAACCUUAUUGUUGAUACCGACCUAUUCAGCGACUGCGACGAUGCCGCAGCUCUUCUUCUUGCCGCCACAUCUCCGGAAGUCAAUCUUCUGGGAGUCAACAUCAACUCACAAUCCUCAUAUUCAGUCCUGGCGGCAUCAGCCAUCCUCAACCAAUACGGCCACGCUCAAGUCCCCGUCGGUGGCCGCCGCCCGCUGAACGAUGUGCCAUUCUUCGACAACAGGGCCAAGCGAGCCGGCGAGUUUGCGAGCAAACUGGCAAAUUACUGGUCCAAAAGCAUCUCCGACGCCGAGGAGGCCUGGGACCCCGUUGAUCUGUACCGCAAGCUUCUCUCCGAGGCCGAAGAUGACUCCGUCACCAUAGCCUCCAUAGGAUUCCUGCACAACCUCUCCGGCCUCCUAAACUCCAGCGCGGAUUCCCGCUCCCCCUUGUCUGGCCCAGAGUUGGUGAAUGCCAAGGUGAAGGAGCUCGUCGUUAUGGGCGGGGACUACCCAAACGGAUUCGAGUUCAACUUUUGGGGCGACGACCCUUACGAGACGGCGCACGUGAUCCACCACUGGAAAACCCCCAUUGUGUACGCCGGCUUCAAGCUUGGGGGCCCGGCUCUCUCUGGCGGCCCUCUCAUGGCCGACGGACCCAAGACUGACCCUGUACGGGCGGCGUAUAUACUGUACACGUACUACCAGCCGCGGUGGUCUUUCGACCCGGCUGCAAUGCUCUAUGCUGUGGGUGGCCUCGGCGAGUACUUCAAGUUCGGUAACGAGUACGGAUACAACACCAUCACUCUAUUAGGAGAAGACAAGUGCAAUGGCUGCAAUAUUUGGAAAUUUGACAAGAACGUUACCAAUCAGCACUGGCUUGAUCUCAAAAUCACUCAUAAAGAGCUCGGGGAGGAGCUGGAUAGACGAUAUUUGCAAGGCGCAAGGUCCUCCGAGAGAGCCUCUGAUCCGUUGGGGAUAUUACCUAAGUUUGGUGAUUGCAAGGUCGAAAAAGCUCCGGAUCCAUCAGAGAGACUGGAGUUGUGA